CCUUAGCUACGGAGAAAAACGAUUUUUUUUAAAUUUAUUUUUAAAUAAGUCUUUGAGAUAAAGGAAACUAUGUUUCUGGUAAUAUUCCCCGUCAUAUUGCUGGUAUUUGUCAGGCAAGGAAUUUAUUGCACAGAUUACUAUUCAAUCAUUGGAUCGAAGACACUUAAACCGAAUUCGGAGUACGCAGUAGCGGUUUCACUUAACAGUGCAACUACGUCGUCAUUCUUAAAACUUACAAUCCAAAAUGAUAAAAGCUUUAAGCUUACCAACACGGUUCUUGUUCCUCAACGAUCGAGUAAAGUGGUUCAAUUUUCGAUUGGAAAGUUGGAUGAAGGGAACUAUAAACUGAUAGCUGAAAGUCAGACAGGUUUAACAUUUACCAAGGAAAUAUCAAUUAGUUUGCCAUCGAAACGUCUAUCGGUAUUAAUUCAAACCGACAAAGCAAUGUACAAGCCGGGUGACAAAGUGAAAUUUAGAGUGUUGGUCCUCAACUCUGAUACAAACCCGGCAACAAUAAAUAGCAUGAACGUGUUCAUAACCGACGGCACUAACAAUCGCAUUAAACAAUGGACGAAUGUUGAUACCGUCAUGGGUAUCUUUACUGAGGAAUUGCAAUUGUCGACGAAUCCACCGCUAGGCAUAUGGAAUAUAAAUGUUGCUGUCGACAAUCAGACGCGAUUGAAAUCAUUUGAGGUUGCUGAAUACGUUCUGCCGAAAUUCGAAGUGAUCGUAACAGCCCCGAAAGAUCUAACUUACACGGAUCGAAUGGUUCGAAUUGCUAUUAACGCAAAAUACACAUAUGGUGGAAAUGUCAAGGGAACAACACUAGUUUCUAUUACAUCACAAAGUUGGACAGCCACACCGUCGGCUGGGGCACUAAUUGAGAGAAAAUUGGAAAUCAAUGGGAAUGGCUAUGUUGAAUUUCUAGUGUCUGAGUUGAAUGUUAGUCCGCGAAACUAUCAGGAUUCUUUUGAUGUGAAAGCUUCAGUCACUGAAAGCUUAACUGGUAAGGUACUCGAAGGAAUCACUACGAUGACCAUCCGCCGAUCUAAGUUCACAAUUGCUAAUCUCGAUAGCGACCGAUCGUAUACACCAGGGGAUUCGUUUGCAUUGACGCUUCAAUUUGCUUACCACGAUGGAUCACCAUUCGUCAAUACCAAUGCACCCAUAAAAAUCAGCUAUGGUCCAAGCCUUGAUAAGAGCAACGCCGUAUUCCUGAAGUCUGGUACCAUGGAUUCCAAAGGUGUAGCCACGUUUGGCAUUACAUUUCCAUCACCAAGUAACACAAAUGGAUUUUAUAUUUUUGUACAAUUCAUGGACUAUUACGACAAUGUUGGCUUUUAUACAAAACCAACGUCUCUGCUUUCCGGUGGUGUUAAUUCGAUAUCAGCCAGACUACUAACUAAGAACGCAAAGAUAAACGACCUACUUUCCGUUGAAAUAACAUCGGCGCAACCAUUAACGUCCUUAAAUUAUUUGCUAUCUUCACGCGGUAAGUUAAUUUUAUCAGCAAAAAAGGACAUACCGAACAAGAGCAGUUUCACCAUCACAUUCACUGCUACUUUCGACAUGGUUCCUAGUGGUACAUUGGUUGCUUACUACAUAACAGAAAACGGCGACGUUAUAUCCACUAAUAUUCAGAUUCCAGUCACUGGUCUCAAUAACUUCGUGAAAUUACAAACAUCUGCUGCGGAAAAACAGCCUGGCGAGAAAGUGAACGUAAUCGUCUCCACCAAACCUUCGUCCAAUGUUUGUCUCCUCGGAGUCGAUCAGAGUGUGGUUCUGCUUAAAUCCGGAAAUGACAUUGUACCAUCGGAAGUUUACGCUGAACUGGGAACCUACAACAAUUACGUCGGAAAUACAUCUCCAAUAUUUCGUCCAUUAAUCGAACGACAGCCAAACGUGGUAGCAAUGGAACGAUCAAUUAUUUGGCCACCCAGACGAAGAGGUGGUUGGGUGGAUUUUGAUUCCGCCAACUUGUUUAUCUUAACAAAUGCAAACUCACCGCCGCCAGUAUUUGACGAGAUAUGGAGAAUGCCGAUGAUGGCAAUGGCAGGAGCUGCAGCACCUCCACCAGACGAGCAAAUAAUGGACAGCCAACCGCCACAAAACGCAUUAGCGCCCAUCAGAACUCGUAAAUACUUUCCAGAAACUUGGCUUUGGAAUUGUAAUUUGGUCGGUUCCGGCAACUUAACAAUCCCACAAAUCGUUCCGGAUACUAUUACGUCGUGGUAUAUAACGGCCUUUGCGACGCACACCAGAUUCGGUCUUGGCGUAACCGAUGACAAGACCGUAUUCAAAGUUUUCAAAUCGUUUUUCAUCUCACUCAAUCUACCGUAUUCUGUAAAACGCGGCGAGACCAUCGCUCUAUCGAUUGUGGUGUUCAACUAUAUGGCGGAAAAAGUGACGGUCCGAGUAACACUGGAUAAUUCACGAAAAGAAUUUGAAUUCGUUGAUCCAAUUUCGCAGGCCUACAAAAAUAAAGGAUGUCGGAGAGAUAUUGAAUUGUCCCGUGCUAAGAACAUUAACGUACCAUCCAAUGACGGUGCUCAAUUGUCGUUCUUAAUCACGCCACUAAUUGUCGGACCAAUGACAAUAAAAGUGACUGCAAUAUCGCCGAUUGCUGGCGAUGCUAUCGAAGUUAUGCUACCAGUAGUACCUGAAGGUGUUCCACAGUAUAAAAACAAAGCGAAGUUCAUUGACCUACGGAAAGUCAGUGCAUACGCUACUGACUUUACCGCGGACGUUCCGUCGAACGCAGUGAAGGAGUCCACUCAGGUGUCGUUUUCGUUAAUUGGUGACAUCAUGGGUGUAACUCUCAAAAAUAUCCAAUCGCUGAUUAAGUUGCCUAGUGGCUGCGGUGAGCAGACAAUGAUUGGCCUAGCACCAGAUGUUGUCAUUUUGUCCUAUUUGACCAAGGUCGGUCGUUUAACCGGUGAAUUGAAGAAACAACUCAUCAACUACUUGGAGGUCGGUUAUCAAGGUGAAUUGUGCUACUUGCACCCAGAUGGGUCAUUCAGUGCGUUCGGAAAAUCAGAUGGUCGUGGUAGUACAUGGUUGACGGCAUUCGUUGUGAGAAUUUUCGUUCAGGCUUCAGAGUUCAUAACUAUCGACAGUGAAGUUAUAACAAAAGCUCUGGAAUGGUUGAAAAACCUGCAAAAAUCAGACGGUAGCUUCUCAGAAGUGGGUCGAGUAAUUCAUUCAGACAUGCAGGGACAGGCCACAAAAGGAGUUGCUUUAACCGCUUACGUGGCAAUUACAUUCGCUCAAAAUGAGGUGAGAGCCAGACAAUAUGCCGAUGUCAUUUCGAAAGCUCUGAAUUAUGUGAAAACGAUGCUCGGCGACGGUGAUAUUUAUUCGCUGGCUAUUGCAUGCUAUGCAGCACAACUCGCCAACCACUCAUCGAAAACGGUGCUAAUGCAGCAACUUGACAGGCUGGCAAUAGUCGAAGGCGAUCUUAAGUACUGGCAAAAGGUAAAAUUGACCACACCAUCCGACCCGUGGUGUCAACCACCUUCCGUCAAUGUCGAAAUAACAUCAUAUGCGCUACUGAGCUACAUCAAAGCUGGAAGAGUUAUUGACGGUCUUCCAGUUAUGAGAUGGUUGCUGAGCCAACAAAGCAGUACUGGUGGAUUUUCGUCCACACAAGAUACGGUCAUGGGUAUCACAGCACUUGCCACGUUCGCUGGCGAAAUUUCCGGAGGGAAUGCAAUGUCGUGCUCAAUAAGUUAUGGAUCCGGUCAGUCAACGAUUAAAAUCAAUAAAGAGAAUUCGCUGGUGCUACAGUCAGUGGAGCUGCCACGAGACACUAAAUUGGUAUCUCUCACCUGUAUGGGCAGCGGAUUUUCAUUAGCUCAGUUGACUUAUCAGUUCAAUUUGAAUACGGCCGAAAUGUCGCCAAGAUUCAAAUUGAACGCUCACGUCGGUAAAAACUCAAACGACUAUCACCUGGUACUCAACAUCUGCACCAGCUUUAUACCGGCAGCUGAUGGUAACUCAUCGAAUAUGGCUGUUAUUGAAGCAGAACUCCCUACCGGAUUUGUAGCUGAUUUUCAGUCCAUUCAAGAGGAAUUGAAAGGAAAUCCGGUCGUGAAGAAAAUCGAAACGAAAAAUGGACACACCGUCGUGGUAAUUUAUCUGGACAAUGUUGGUGUGAGUGAAAUUUGUCUGCAACUGAAUGCAUACAGAAUGUGUCAAAUAGCGGAUGAGAAGCCCGUUUCUGUUCAGGUCUACGAUUACUACGAUAAUAGUCGUCGAGGGACAGUGUUCUAUCAGACAAAGUCGAAAGAUUUGUGUGGAAUUUGUGCGGACGAAGAAUGCAGAUCAGCCUGUGUGAAACCGAUGCCCGAUUUAACAUGCCCAAAGUGAAUCUAAUUUUGUUUUACUCAAUUGCAAGCAAGAAUAUAAUGUCAAGGGCGCGAAUCAACGUUUUCAACGAAUAAAUCAGAAUAAA